CUCAGCGUCAAUGUUACCCCAGACGACUGGCUCUGUAUAUUGGCGCAUUGUUUGCAUUUGUCUCGAUUGAUGUGAUGAUGGGGCCAAUGAUACAAGGUAGAGUUAUCUCGAGAGAACAGCUCAGCUACCUGGGAAAGGUAUAUAAGUAGGCAGCGAGUACAGCCCAGUUGUUUGAACAGACAAGAAAACCAAAAACAAUAACAAUCAAACAACCUUCUAUCCAUCAAAAUGAGAUUCGAGACUAUCUUCUUGCUUGCCCUUGGAGGCGUCGCUUCUGCUACCCGAAGCGCAGUCGUCGAAGGAACCACCAUUUAUGCUGAUGGAACCACCAUCUGGGCUGAGAACAUCACGCCCGCACCCUCCGUGCCUCAAGCGACCAGGACUGCAGACAUUGACGGAACUACCAUCUACUACGACGGCACCACCCUCUGGACUCUCGCAGUGGUGACGGCUACCGUACACUGAUCGACAUAUAAUCAACUAUGGCCUAUUUGAUUAUACAUAUUGGUGACGGAUUAAGUGGCUGGCACUUGUGGGGGGGACGGAUGUGAUGUUAUGAAGGCAGGUCUUUUAUUCGAUGUCAGAUAAUUGGAAUGUGUUACGCCUCUCAAUACGAAGAAACUUGAA